AUGGCUGUCCUCACCGAGCUGGUGAAGCGUGGCGUCUCCCACCCGGCUACCGCGGCCUUUGUCAAGCGUGCCUGUGGACAGAAAACCCAGAGCGAGAGGAUUGAGAUGCCGAUCUGGGGCUCCGUGCUGCUCUUCGUGAGCUUCCUCUCGAGCGCCCUGAUCGUCACCAUGGUCUCCUACAUGCUCCAAGAAGUCGUCACCACGCUCUGCAUGGUCGAAUCCCCCGUCGCAGCCAUCACCGUCUCCCCCAGUCAUGAGUCGGGUGACAAGCACGAGAAAGAAGGCCUGCUUGAGACCGGCCCUACCAUUACCCUCGUCAACCAGAAGCCCAUCACCUCCAGCAUUCGUGGCACUCUUCGCCACCUUGUCGCAAACGCCGGCCGCUUUGCGCGCUUCCGUGGCUUCCGUCUCUACACCCUGUACGCCUUCCUCUUCUCUAUGGCGACCGCCUUCUUCUCCGGCGCGCUUCCCAGAGUUCCUGGUAUGGAGAUCCUCAUCGCCGCUCUCGCUGGUGCCGUUGUUGCCAAUGUACACGCUGUCUGGACCCACAAGAUUGUCAGCAUGCCGACCGAGAAGACCAUUUGGCAGCGCAUCCCCAGCAAGGCUCACUGGAAGACCCUUGCCCUGCCAGCUGCUAUCAAGGCAGCCAUGCCCUAUAUUAGCCUCUACCUUGUCGGCGGUUUCGGAUACAUGCUCAACCUGCACAAGCUCGAGUCCGAGAACUUGGCCGAGUACAAGUGUGCGCAGUGGACUUCGCUGAUUGUCCGCCUGGGUGCUACCCUCAUCUUUGCCGUGUUUUGCACGCUUUUCCUUUGUCUGCCUGCUAUCGUUACUCUUGUCCGCAUCGAGGCAUCCAUUUUGCCAGAGGACCAGGACACGAUUGUACCUUUUGACCGCACCUUUGGUGGAAAGGUUGUAGAGAAGAUGAUGGGUGGGACUGGUGUUGUUGCCUUCUUGGAUGCAUGGCGCAGCUUCAACUGGGAGGCUCGUCGUCGCCUCAUCAAGCUCUACCUGAAGACCUUUAUCAUGGUUUCUGGGCUUGUCUUUGUCAUCAUGCACAUUUUGGCUUUUGAAAUGUUUGCCAUUAUGGGGCCAGAGUUUGGUAAGUUCUUGGCGCAGAUGAAGCGUGACGGAGUUGUCACCAAAUGA